AUGAUUAUUAAAACUAUGAUGGAAGAUUUACCAAUCGAAUUAUGGUUAGAUAUAUUCACUUAUUUAAAUAUUCAAGAACGAUUUAAUGGAUUUUUUAAUCUUAAUCAACGAAUAAAUCGAAUUCUAUUUAAUUAUCAUCAUCAUAUUAACUUAAAAGAUAAUGAUGAAAAUAGUCAAUUUUUAUUUGAACAUAUUUUACCACAAUUACCACAUCCUCAAUCUAUUUCAAGUUUAAGAUUGCAAAAUAUUAAUAAGAUGAACUUAUUCAAAAAUGCCAAACGAUUACAUUUUCCUUAUCUUAAAUCUCUAACACUUUGUUGUUUAUAUAUUACAAAUGAUAUUCUUGAUUUAAUUUAUUUUCAUGCUCAUCAACUUGAACAUUUGAAUGCGACUUUGUUUAUAUCAAGUAAAUGGAAUAUACUUCUGAAAUUAAUUUUAUCAUUACCUAAAUUACAUACAUGUUAUCUAUAUCUCGGUAUUGGUUUAUGUCCUAUUAAAUCAUCAAUAAGUCCUAUAAAACAUUUGACUUUACUUGGUUCAUUUCAAUCUUGUUGUAUGAAGAAUCUUGAUGUUCUUUUUUCUUAUCUUCCUUAUUUACAUUCAUUACAUAUUGAAUGUGAUCGAUUGAAAUUCACAAAAAUUAUUCAAAAUCAGUAUUCUAACAAAUUAUUAUCUCUUUCGAAUUUUUCUCUUCAAAUUAAUCAAUUACCAGAAUUAUUUAUUGAUCUAAUCGAUUUUAUAACAACAACAAUGCCACAUAUAGAAAAACUAAAAAUUAAAUGUUGUACUCCAUUAAAAAAUUUAGUCUAUAUUAAUGUUUAUCAAUGGAUGAAAGCAAUUGAUUUAUUAAUUUCCUUAAAAGAAUUAAUAUUAAUUAUUACACUUGGAACAACAAUUAAACAACAAGUUUGGAAUAGACGAAUUGAACAAUUAAUAAAAUUUACUAAUAUGAGACAUAUUACCUUAAGAAUCAUUUCAUCAACAGAACAUAAAAAAUAG